AUGAAGAUUGCAAUUGAAGGGUGUAUGCAUGGAGACCUCGACAUUGUUUACAAAACAAUUCAACAUCAUGAACAGAUUCACAACACCAAAAUCGAUCUCCUCCUCUGCUGCGGCGAUUUCCAGGCUGUGAGAAAUGAGAAAGACAUGGAUAGCCUUAGCGUACCCAACAGGUACAAAGAGAUGAAAUCCUUCUGGAAGUACUACUCCGGCCAAGAAGUUGCCCCAAUUCCCACAAUCUUCAUCGGUGGGAAUCACGAGGCCUCAAACUACUUAUGGGAAUUGUACUAUGGAGGCUGGGCUGCCACCAAUAUCUACUUUCUCGGCUGUGCCGGAGUUGUCAAGUUUGGUAAUCUGCGAAUUGGAGGCCUUUCUGGUAUUUACAAAAAGCAAGAUUACCGCUCAGGACACUACGAGCGGCCGCCAUAUAACGCGAAUACAAUCAGAUCGGUGUAUCAUGUUCGUGAGUAUGAUGUACAGAAGCUGAUGCAGCUUGAAGAGCCGCUUGAUAUAUUUCUCUCACACGAUUGGCCUGUUGGGAUCACUGAUUACGGAGACUCACAAGCACUGAUGAGACAAAAACCGCACUUUGUUCAAGAGAUUGAGACGAGAACUCUUGGAAGUAAACCAGCGGCUCUUCUGCUAGAGAAACUGAAGCCUCGGUACUGGUUUUCAGCUCACUUACACUGCAAAUUUGCUGCUGCUGUUCAACACGGAGACGAUGGCCCUGUGACGAAGUUUCUUGCCCUUGAUAAAUGCAUUCGAGGGAAAAAGUUUCUACAGAUUAUUGACAUCGAAUCAGAGCCUGGUCCGUUUGAGGUCCUAUACGAUGAAGAGUGGUUAGCUAUAACACGGAAGUUUAACUCUGUCUUCCCUCUAACAGGGAGAAACGCAGAUUUCAGGUCUGCUGAAAUGAAUAUACAAGAGAGCCGUGAGUGGGUGAGGAAGAAGCUAGAAGAAAGGCAAUUUAAACCUUUUGAGUUUGUGAGGACGGUCCCUGUAUAUAACCCUUCACAACGUAGCUUUGAUCCCAUACCUGAGAUCCCGCAGAAUCCUCAGACACUGUCUUUGUUAGAGCUCCUUGGCCUCCCAUAUCUCCUUGAUUCAUCACCGAUAACAGGAGAAAGAACCAAGAUCCCUGCUUCGCAGGCUCCAUCAGAUCUUCCGACAUUUGAUAGCGAAGAAAUCCCGAUUGAUGACAUUGAUGAUAUUGAUGAAAUAGAAGAGAUGGCAGAAGCAAAAGCAGAUGAGCAUACGAGAGAGGAGGCAUGA